CAAACACUCCAUCUCCGCACGUCAUAUACACGUCUCCAUUUCAGUUUUGCUAGCGAUUUUGUUACAAAAUUACAAUUCUAAGCCCAAAAAAUUACAAAAAUUGUACAUUACCAGAAUGAAGUGCUGGAAGGCGUUAGUUUUGGUAGCGAUUUUGUUAUUCAGUUUCGUCGGUGAGUUAACGGCGUUAUCAGUGACGGUAAAUGACGUGGAAUGCGUUCAAGAAUACGUGUUGUAUGAAGGCGAUACGAUUUCCGGGAACUUUGUUGUUGUAGAUCAUGAUAUUUUUUGGAGUUCCGAUCAUCCUGGCAUCGAUUUCACUGUGACAUCGCCUUCCGGAAAUGUCGUGCACACAAUGAAGGGAACAUCAGGGGAUAAAUUUGAGUUUAAGGCUCCAAGGAGUGGGAUGUUCAAUUUCUGUUUCCAUAAUCCACAUUCAACGCCAGAAACAGUCUCGUUCUACAUACAUAUUGGACACAUUCCCAAUGAGCAUGACCUCGCCAAAGACGAACAUUUGGACCCCGUUAAUGUCAAAAUUGCCGAACUAAGAGAGGCAUUGGAGUCAGUUACAUCAGAGCAGAAAUACUUGAGAGCACGUGAUGCUCGUCAUCGUCAUACUAACGAGAGUACACGCAAGCGUGUUGUAUUUUACACUGUCGGAGAGUAUGCUCUACUUAUAUUAGCAAGUGGACUACAAGCCCUGUACAUUCGAAGCCUAUUCAGUAAGUCCAUCGGUUAUAAUCGUAUCUGAUG